AGUCUCGUUUCUUCGCGUGCAAGUGAAAGCUGUGUCUACGUGCUCGGGCAUCAGCGUAGAGCAUGACAAGCAGCUGCGCCGGUGCCGGCCACAACUGGCUUUCCCACUUCCCUGACACCACUGUUCUCCGCGACAUUCCCAUCUUUCCGGCAGCCCAUCAUGCAGGAACUGGCCGCGGAGCAAGUGGAAGUGCUUCGAGUUCUUCGCAUGAUCCAGCAAACACGACAAACUCAUCGUCGCUUUUGACAAAUUCUGCCACCGCGUCCACCGCGUCUAACGCCCCAGAAGCAACAAACGUGGACCGUCGCUCCUGCACGACCCGCACAGCGACGAAUGCAACCUCAAUGUGGCACCGGUGCAAGCAGUCCGUGCUCAGUCCGUGGUGCCAGACGCAAACCCUGUCUGUGGCGGAGUUGCUGCAAAACGGAGUGCGGUUUCUGGACAUCAGGGUUGCGCCCCAGGUCCUCGCGCUUGCUGGGGAAGAGGACGUAGAAAAAGACACUGGUGAAGCGCAACAGCCAGAUUUGGAACAAGGCCCCACGUCGUCGUUUCAGAAGGCGAGUGGUUUAUCAACAGGAGGAGCUGUACGUAGUGGUACGACUACGACUGCCCGCACUGUAGUCAAUUUUCCCAUCGCGCACGGGCCGUGGGUGAGCCAGACGACAACCUUGGAAACGGUGCUGGCGGAUAUCAAGAGUUUUCUUGCCAACUGUCCCUCCGAAUUCGUCAACCUCUACCUCCGGGAGGAAAACUGUAAGUCGUCCCAGCGACGGCAAUUCUUGGAGCCCGAGCCCGUAUUCCGAGAGCUGUGGAGAACGUUGCGGGAUUGCGGCGUGAAAUGGUACAACGGGAAAGCGCCUGGCAGAGAAAACACCUCCGCCGCGGACCCUCUCGUCUUCAACGGUACAACGCGAUUGGGACACGUUCGCGGGACCUGUGUCUGGGUCGGACCCGAGGUGGAUGACAGCUUUUUAAGACCGGAUGUUGUUGAUCAACUUGCGUGCAUUCCCUCGACGACGCUGAAUGAGAACGGGGCUAACUCUAACACCGUCUACCGAUACAAUUUCGAGCAGUCCGGGUUGGGGGAGAUCUGCGACAUUUGGUGCACGGAGAGUGUGCGGGAAGCGAAGAAGCUGGUGGAAACGCACCUCUUCCAGUUGCAUGGGGAAGUGACCACCGAGAAUGGCAACGAUUCUGAGGACGCAAGUGGAGCAGCACCAGCAGGUGCCGUUUUGGAUCUGGAAGCCGGCCCGGAAGAGGACACGAUCGUGACGGCGAGUGCAGCUCUUGCGUUAAGUGGUGGCCCUGCUUCUCCCUUCGCCUGCGCUUGGCCGGGAAUCGCUCUAGACGGCUGGUACUACUACCCGGUGUGGUACACGAGCAGGAAG